AUGAAGAUUUCCGCGUCAAUCUUGGCAUUUGCCUCCGUGGCUAGUGCUCAUUAUGUGUUCCCCUCACUCGUUGCAAAUGGUGCUGCAACUUCGGAAUGGCAAUAUGUCCGUCAAUGGACUGGCUAUUACAGCAACGGACCAGUGACAGAUGUUAAUUCUCUCAACAUCCGCUGUAACGUUGACGCCUCCACGAAGUCGGCAUCAACCCUCACCGUUGCGGCUGGCUCAACCCUGGGCUUCACAGCUAAAGCUAGCAUCAGUCAUCCGGGACCAUUGCAAGUCUAUAUGGCAAAGGUUCCCUCUGGGAGUACUGCCGCUACCUGGGACGGGAGUGGAAAUGUGUGGUUCAAGAUUUUCGGACAGGGGCCCAACUUUGGUGGAUCUCUGACUUGGCCAACUCAAGGUGCAACAACUGUAUCUUUCAAGAUCCCAGCUGCAGUCCCUAGCGGCGAAUAUCUCGUCCGAGUCGAGCACACUGCCCUACAUUCUGCUAGCAGCGCUGGAGGAGCACAGUUCUACAUUUCUUGCGGGCAAAUCAACGUCACUGGAGGUGGAAAUGGUAACCCCACUGGCCUGGUUGCAUUCCCUGGCGCGUACAAGGCUACAGAUCCCGGAUUGAUGAUCAACAUCUAUUACCCAGUUCCAACCUCCUACCAGCUUGCUGGCCCAGCGGUGUGGUCUGGAUAA